UCCAACAUGGCGUCUUCAAUAACAAACAUACCGCUGCUGCUUUGUUUAUCUUCGUUUUCCAUGCAAAUCAUCUCCUCAAGACUAAUAUCUGAACCGUGUUACAAACCCAUCAGAGACGAGACUCCAGACUCUGUAAAGACAAAGGCCCGGCCACAUGAGUAUGUGAAAGUGUCGGACCUUCCUCCGUCCUGGGACUGGAGGAACAUCGAGGGGAAGAACUAUGUGAGCACCACCCGAAACCAGCACAUCCCCCAGUACUGCGGCUCCUGCUGGGCCAUGGGGGCCACCAGCGCACUGGCCGACCGCAUCAACAUAAAGCGAGGAGGGGUGUGGCCGUCGGCCUACCUGUCGGUGCAGAACGUGAUCGACUGCGGUCGGGCGGGCUCCUGUUACGGAGGAGAUCACCUGAGAGUCUACGCCUACGCACACAGGAAGGGCAUCCCUGAUGAAACCUGCAACAACUACCAAGCCAAAGACCAAAAGUGUGAGCAGUUUAACCAGUGUGGCACCUGCUCCUUCGAGUCGUGUGCUGUGGUGAAGAACUACACUUUGUGGAAAGUCGGCGACUACGGAGAAGUUUCUGGAAGAGACAAGAUAAAAGCUGAGAUUUACACCAACGGGCCCAUCAGUUGUGCCCUGAUGGCCACCGCCGGCCUGGUGGAAUAUUCGGGAGGGAUAUUCUCAGAGUUUCACCCGCUGUCUCUGUCCAAUCACAUCAUCUCUGUGGCUGGGUGGGGCGUGGCGGAGGACGACACCGAGUACUGGAUCGUCAGGAACUCCUGGGGAGAGUUCUGGGGGGAACACGGCUGGGCGAGAAUAGUCACCAGUUCCUUUAAAGGAGGAAAAGGAAAUUUCUUCAACCUAGGUAUCGAGAAACACUGUGCAUAUGGAGACCUUGUUGUAACAUAAACAUUCAACUUUUAAUUAAAAUUAAACAUAAAGACUCUA